UUGCUCAAGCCAAUGGGGUGGUGGGAGUGCGCUGGGUGUGGGCAUGAUCCCCAAAUGGGACAGCCCCAGGGCUUCCCCAUAGGGUGAUAAGGGACUGCAGUGAUGGGGAUGGUGUCGGACCAAUGCUGGUGUGUGCCCAGACGGUGUGCAGCUGUGCAUGAGAUGCUACAGGAAGCCCUGGAGGGAGUGGGGCUGAUCCCUGAUCCCAAGAGAAGGAAAAGGGUUAAAGCAGUGCACAGAGAUGCUCACGUGUCGCACCCUCUGCCUCCCCACCUCCAGCUGCACUCCCAUUCCCUCGGCUCCUCAGAACCAGUCUGGGGCUUGGGGUUGUGGGGAAAUGUGUGACAGCUGAAAAAUGAGCUGCUGGGCAGCGAGAGACGAUCUGAAAGGAGGAAUCUGCCUCGAACGAAGAGGAUUUUAGCACCUAGGGCUGAGCCAACAGACCUCUGCCAUCCCCAUCCCACUGGGAACUGUUUGCACACUCUCCAGGAGCAGCUUAAAGCCAGCGGGACACCAGCACUGGAGCAGGCGAAGCUGUGGAACAAAUCCCCAGCAUGGCAGCCCUGUGCAAGCCUCCAUCCCCAUAGAACUGCCCCACUGACACCUCGCCUCCAUGGGGACGGGGUUUGGGAAGGCGCUCCCUGAGGAUGCUGCACCUCAUCCCACACCUCAGCUCACCCCAUAGCCUGCAGCACUGGGCUGGUGGGGACACGGCUCCCAUCCCUCGCUGGCUCCGUCCCAUGGGGUCCGUGGGCAGGGGAGGCAUCGUGGCUGCUCUGCUCUGCUGCUGCCUGCUGGGCUCUGCUCGGGCUCUGGUGGACCCUGAUGACGUUCUCACUAAGGAAGAGCAGAUUUAUCUCCUGGUGGAAGCCAGAGAAAAAUGUCAGAGAGACAUCAGAGCUCAGCUGGAGAAGGUCAAAGACACCAACUGCCUCCCGGAAUGGGAUGGAAUCAUUUGCUGGCCCAAAGGCUCUCCAAGCCAGGAGGUGGCCGUGCCCUGCCCUGAUUACAUCUAUGACUUCAACCAUAAAGGCCGUGCCUACAGGUACUGCAGUGCCUACGGGACCUGGGAAGUGACCCUCAGCCUCAACAAGACCUGGGCCAACUACACCGAAUGCGCUGUGCUCUUCUCCUCCGAGAGCCGGAGCCGUGAGAAGGAGGUGUUUGACCGCCUGCACUUGAUGUACACCACUGGCUACUCCAUCUCCUUGGCCUCCCUCAUCGUAGCCGUCUGCAUCCUCUCCUACUUCAAGCGCCUGCACUGCACUCGCAACUACAUCCACAUGCAUCUCUUCACCUCCUUCAUCUGCCGGGCAGCGAGCAUCUUCCUGAAGGACGCCGUGCUCUACUCGGGUGUGCUGGGCAGCGAGGCGAAGCUGAGGGAGGAGGACCUGGGGGCAGAGCUGAGCCCCUCACCAGGCCAACGCAGCCACCUGGUUGGCUGCAAGGUGGUGGUGACGCUCUUCCUCUACUUCCUGGCCACCAACCACUACUGGAUCCUGGUGGAAGGUCUCUACCUGCACAGCCUGAUCUUCAUGGCCUUCCUCUCCAACAAGAACUACCUGUGGGUCCUCAUCAUCAUUGGCUGGGGUCUCCCUGCUGUGUUUGUGUCCAUCUGGGCCAGCGUCAGGGCCUCCCUGGCAGACACGCAGUGCUGGGACCUCAGUGCAGGGAACAUGAAGUGGAUUUACCAGGUCCCCAUCUUGGCUGCUGUUGUGGUGAACUUCUUCCUCUUCCUCAACAUCGUGCGGGUGCUGGCCUCCAAACUCUGGGAGACGAACACGGGGAAGCUGGACCCCCGGCAGCAGUACAGGCAACUGCUGAAGUCCACACUGGUGCUGAUGCCGCUUUUUGGAGUGCAUUACGUGGUGUUCAUGGCCAUGCCCUACACCGAAGUCUCGGGGGUCCUGUGGCAGAUCCAGAUGCAUUACGAGAUGCUCUUUAACUCCUCUCAGGGUUUCUUUGUGGCUUUUAUCUACUGCUUUUGCAAUGGGGAGGUGCAGGCAGAGAUUAAAAAAGCCCAUUUUCGGAGAAGCCUGGCGCUGGACUUCAAGCAGAAGGCGCGUGCCAGCAGCGCAGCAGGGAGCUGCUGUUACGGUGGGCUGAUGUCCCACGGCACCACCAGCUUCAGUGUGAGCCUGACAGGGCGAGGGCCGGGGGGCACACAGCCCCGGGGGCUGCUUCCCCCUGCCCGUGGCAGCCUGCCAGGUUACACCCCCAGCUCCUGUGCUGCAGAGCUUUUGUCUCAUCUGACGCAGGAGAUGAGCCAGAAAACCUGCGGGGAAAACACCUUGGGCUUAAAAGACCUGGAUGAGAGUCACCCCAGUCUGAACAAAGAGCUGGAGACGAUGCUAUGAAGUUAACACUGCAUCUCCCAGCUGCACUGGUCUUUGUGUUUUGGGCAACUUUCUGCUUGCAUGGAGAGUUGGGGCAGGAAAUAGUAACUGAAUCAACUCAUCGCCCUUUUCCUCAGAGCCAACGUGCCAAGGAACCACGUGCUCCUGCUCCUUCUUGUACCUACCUGGCCUAAAAUUGAGCAGCAGUUCAAAACUUCAUUUCCUUCCACGUGCAGGUGAUGGUGUAAGUGAUGUCUGCAUGCAAAGCCUUGAAUCAUCACAGGAAACAGUCCUCCAGGCUCAAUGCCUUGUUGUGAUGGUUUAGAAAGUGACUUCAGCUCCAGUGCAUACAAAAUUGAGCCAGUGAGAUUGUACCCUUUAAGUCUGACUCCCCUGUUCAGCUGUACCCAAUUCCUGCUGUACGGUGCGAGAGGGGCAGAGCAGCUCACCUCACCCUCACCUACAUCCUUGUACAGCCCAUGGAUGUGUGCAGUGAUCGGUUACAGGACAGCUUGAGGGUGUGAAGAGCUGGAAGCCCAGCCAGCAUCACAGCCCCCCAGCUCUGCCCUCCCUGCUCGUUCCUGGGGCACAGCCAGCCCAGCACUGCUGCCCCCCUGCGAGGCAAUGCUCACUGCUGGGUAAAGACACUGCUGAGAAUCCUGCGAUGCCCUGCCCAGACAGAUGGGUGGGAGAGAGAAUUACAGCACUGCUGGGAGCGGGGAUACACUUGUUCUAAUGAGACAGUAAUUUCAUAAUAAAGAUAGCAACAGAGAGCAUGUGAAUAAUUGUGUGUGCAUUCAUAGACCUUUCCAGUGAAAAGCUAAGAUGUAAACAGAGUCACAAGGAUUAGAAAUCACUGGGGGGACCACCAGCCAGGGGAUGUGAGGGCACAGAGGGGCACCGGGUCUUGAAGAUGGCACAUCUUCAUCACCUCCCACUCUUUUUGCUCCACUGUGGAGCACGAGAGGCAGGGGGUGCCUGAGCCAGGAGCAGGAUUAUACUUUACAGACAAACCUGAGCUUCUUGUAGUUGAUUUGUGCUGA